AUGUCACCACAAGUAAAAAAACGUGUACGAGCUUUAAAAAAUCUAAUGGUAGCACAAGAUGAAAUUAAAUUAAGAUUCUUGGCCGAUACUCAUCUUCUUCAAUUAAAAUACCAAAAAGAAUACGAACCAUAUUUUAAUAAAGAGACAGAUAUAAUCCAGGGUAAGUACGAGCCUGUGAAAGAAGACUAUAGUUCUUCUGAGGAAGCAGAUGUACAGCUUCCCAGAUACAACGAAAAGAGGGAAAUAGGACUUGAAUCUUGUGAACAAGAACCAAAAGGAAUACCGAAUUUUUGGCGUAUAUUCAUGAAUUUUAUGCACUGGAAUAUUUGUGCAUAUUUCAUACGGCCACAUGAUCAGGAUAUCCUCAGCCAUCUGUCAGAUAUCAGAUAUAAUCGGUCGAAAGAAUACAUCGGAUUUACUGUAGAAUUCUAUUUCACACCUAACGAAUGGUUUAAUAAUCAUUUAUUGACAUUGAAAUUUGAAGAGAGGCUUUUUGACGAGCGUUUAGAAAAUAUGAAUAAGAUAUGUAGGCUUCUAGGACAUAGUACCAAUUACGUAACUACAGGCUGUGAAAUUCAUUGGAAUACUGGGAAAAAAAUAUCAGUUACCAUUAAGAGGAAAAAUCUGUUAAGUUAG